AUGUUUGGAGACCAAAUAGACUUCAGCUUCAUCAAGCCUAAAUGGGAAUACAAUAAAGAUAUAGAUUUAUCUCGGACUGCUAAGAUCAAGGAAUCACUUUUCAAGAUUGCUAGAAAUGUAAACAGCGACCUUUCGAUAAGUAGCUCAUACUAUAUACCAUACAAGAUAGUAAUUGUAUCUUAUACCGGGUUUCUAGAGAUAUUGUUAGAAGCAGAAUUAGGUAAAGCUUCUGUAUAUCCAUUCACAAAUUGUUUCCAUAACGUAACUCUGAAGUCAUUUUCUUUCGAAACCAUUAAAGGUCCUGGUGGCGUUCGAUACGAAUUGACCGAAACAAAAGAAAGCAAGAUGCGGAAAUACUCUCGUAGCCGAAUCGCUCUCGGCUAG